AUAUAAAUAAAUAAUAAUUGCAAAUCAAUGAUUUCUUCUUAAAUGUGUUUCCGAUUUAAUUACAACAGUUUCGGCAUUUCGUUGAACAAUAACAAAAAAUAUUUUAAGUUUCCAGUUACAGAAAAAAAGAAAAAAAAGUUUAAAUGGCUCUACCUGAGGUACGAAGGUCUUCAGAUCCGCGAAUUGUACGCAAAUUACAUUCAGCAAUCAAAAAAAUUUGUGAGCAAAAGCAAAGUCCUAUAUUUGAAAGAAUUUUUAAAGCUUUAACUAUUGAUAAAGUUCAAGUUACACGUUCGAGAGUUGAGUUGCAAUUAAAGAAUUCUGUUGAUGAUGGGCUUAUAGUAGAAUCUGGAUUUGGUAAAGGAGGUAUUGCAAAUAAAGUUUUAGUUCCAUCAUAUAGAACACCAAGUAUUGAAACAUUUUAUGAGAAUUAUAAAGAUGAUGCUCAUGAUUGGUACUGUUGGGUAUGUCAUAGAGAAGGAGAAGUCUGUUUGUGCUCUAGUUGUCCUCGUGUUAUUCAUAAAAAGUGUGCUGAAUCAAUAUCAGAAGAUUUGGAUGAAAAUUUUGUUUGCUACUGUUGUAAGGAUUUGCAAUCCACCAAGUCUUAUGGAAAAAAAGAAUUAGAUGAAUUAUCAACAAUGUUGAAAUAUACAAUAAGGCGAAUGAAAAGUAAGUGUGAAGAGUUAUGGAAAACCCCAACAGUAGAAGAGGAGCCGACAUACAAGCUUUUUGUUUAUAAAGAUACUAAUUUGUUAGAUCUGGAAAAGAGAGUUAAAAAAAAAGAAUUUGAUAGCUUAGCAAAGUUUCAUUACGAGAUAGAAUGGUUGUUUCAUAAUGCUGUCAUUUUCUAUGGAGGUGACCACAAGCUUGCUACACUAGCACGGGUUGUUGUCCUUGAUGGUCAAAAUGAGCUGAGUCAAAUAGACAUCUGUUCUGAUUGCUAUAUAAUGUCAAACGAGCGUCCACUACACUGGUAUUCACACCCAUGUAAAACACCUCACAAAAUAGUUUAUGCAAAACUGGGUAGCGAUCCACACUGGCCAGCCAAAGUUUUGCGAGAAAAUGAAGAUGGUAGUAGUAUUGAUGUUCGUUUUUUUGGACCACCUUAUCAAAGGGCAUGGAUUCCUUUGCGCAAUGUUCUUGAAUUAAAAGACAAGCCUGUGAAUAAAAAACGAUCAAAGUCUUUGAUGGAAGCAGAGAAGGAGCUUAAAAUUUAUUUGAAGAUUUUAAAAAAGUAUCAAAAUGACAAAAAAUUCCAUCAUAAAAGUAUUUCAGAUGAAUCGGACUCUGUUGAGGAAGAAAUUUCAGACAAUAAAGAGAUACUUGAUCAAUGUUUAAAAAAAAGAAAAUCUUUACAUGAAAAUGAGAAUCUUGAUCAAUGUUUAAAAAAAAAAAAAUCUUCAGAUGAAAACAAGAACCAAUGUUUAAAAAAACGAAAAUCAUCACUAUGUUCUACCAACAAAGAAGAUGACGAACAAUUUCCAAAAACAAAAAAAAAAAAGUCCAUAAAAAGUAAUUUCUUCAGUAAAGAUGAAACUAAAAAAAACCUGAUGUGUUCUUCUAUGAAACCAUUAUGUACUUCUGUAAAAGAAAAAUCAUAUGAUGCAGAAAACAGUGACAUUUGUAAUGAAAUCCUUAAUGAUCAAUUUGCCCAGCAAAUUAAAAUGACUGAUGAUUACAAAAUGAUAACAAAAUUACAAGAACAAAUUAACAAAUAUGAGAGCACAGUAAGUCAGCUCAGAUUUGAUUAUGAAACAGCACAGACAAACUUAGAAUCUGUAAGACUGGAUUUAGCAAUUGAAAAACAAAAAACUGUAAAGUUUCAAGAAGAACUUGAAAAAGGAAAUGAAAUUGGUAUCGAGAAUAUAAAGAAUAAUAUUUUGUUGAAAAAGAAAGAUGAACUGGACGCUGCUCUUCAAGAAGAGAGAAGAAAAAAUGAAGAAAAUCUAAAAAUUUGUUUGAAUGAAGCAGUUACAAAAGAAAAAGCAAAUGCAGAGGCUCAUUUACAAGAAGUUCUUGAAAAAGAGCGCAUUUUACACGAUGAAAAGCUUAAAGGUCUGCAAAGAACAUUUGACAGGUACAAAAUAGAGUGGGAGUUAAAACAUAGUCGAGCUUUGGAAGAAAGUCGUCGUAAACUAAAACACGAAUUCGAUGAUCUGAUGCAACGAACUUUACAAGAAAGUGCUCACUUACAUCAAAGUGAAUUAGAACAUCAUGUAGCAGCUACUAAAAAAAAGUCGUGGUGUUCAAAUUGUUCUAAAGAGGCAUUUUACCAUUGCUGUUGGAACACAAACUAUUGCACGACAGAAUGUCAACGCAUACAUUGGUCCACUCAUAGGUAUCAAUGUACACGUGACUUAACCAAUACAUGUCGCUCCUGUCAACAACGUCAGAACUUUACAUCAGUUAACUAUGCACCACAAGCUCCUAAGUAAAACUUUGUAUCUUGAAAUGCAUUUGUAGAAGAUAUAAAGUAAGGAUAUAUGUAGUAUCAGCGGAAUAAAUUCGAUCGAUUGGAUUUAUGGCUAUUAGCACAAUAGAAAAAGUAUUCUUGAUUGUUAAAAGACUUCAUGGUUAAAACAUCCCAAAAAGUGCGAUGUUUUAACGAAAUUCGUCUAUAUAUAUAUAU